CCCAUUUUUUCGGGCUUUGCACGGUCUCUAUCCUCGAAGACCGAAAAAGAAAUCUUAUUUCAAUCUUACGCCCGUCUUCCACUGUUCUUCCGAAAGGCAGAUAAGACAGAAAGUAAAGAAAGAGGGUUCAUUCUUCUUCAUUUUCCAAUCCGAAUUAAGGGAGACUGGGAGACGAAUUCUGUGGCCUUCCAUCUACAGAUGAGGGCUCCAAGAGGGCCCGAUUUGGCCAUUCUAGUCAGCGACGACCUAGGGUUUAACAACGAUGCCUGGUCGGGUCUGUUUGCGUGGAGAGGACUUUCAAGAGUCGCCGAUGGAAGAAUUGGAGCUGCAUUUGACGAGUUUUCUUUCCCAGACAAAAUCCACUGUGGCCGAUUACUCGGAAAGGCGAGGAAAAGGAGAUUUGGGUUCGAACUCAAGAAAAAAAAACUUAAAAGGGACUAAUCGAUAGAUCUGGGUAAGGGACAGCAACUCGCAUAAGAGACUGAUGUAUAUGGAGGACACGGUUGCGGUAGGGCUGGGCUUUAUACAAUAGGGCCCGGCAAGAUCACGUUCCUUUCGUCUCUAAAAAAAGCUCUUGUUCCUGACCACGGUCCACGAAGCUCGACGAGCUUUUUGCCUUCACCGUCGUCACGUACCCGGCGCUGGUGAAGUUUCUUAUCAACACCGACAUGAAUUUCCCAGCGCUGCCCAGAAUUCAGUCGAACCUGAGGAGAGAAUAUCUUGUUCAGUCCUUCGUUGUCAACUUGUUUUUCACCUAGCACGAGCAAAAGAAAAUUCUCAAACCAAAUUCCAAAUUGGUGGGUUUUCUCUAGUUAAAGACUUCUUCUCACUUUGGGUACAAUUAUCUAUAAUGCUUAAUCAUGCUAUAGUGUUCGAUCUGAUAUCCUAUGUAUGUCAUGAUAAAGGUUUCCCAUCCCAUGAGUAUUUAUUCGUGUUUUUAAUUUUAGUUGUUUUCAAGUUUGAAUCAUGAUAUUGUGAUUUCUUCAGUUGUUUAUAGCUCGAACUUUAUAACCUGUUAUAAAUACCAAUCAUUAGUUGUAUUU